AUGACCGACGAGAGCCGCGGGGACGGCCGAACCGAGAGCGCCAAGGACCUGGAGAAACAGCUUCGCCUGCGCGUGUGCGUGCUCAGCGAGCUCCAGAAGACCGAGCGGGACUAUGUGGGCACGCUGGAGUUCCUGGUGUCGGCAUUCUUACACCGAAUGAACCAGUGUGCUGCAUCAAAAAUUGAUAAAAAUGUAACAGAAGAAACAGUGAAGAUGCUGUUCUCAAACAUUGAAGAUAUCCUUGCUGUACAUAAGGAAUUUUUAAAAGUCGUGGAAGAAUGCCUGCAUCCAGAACCUAACGCUCAACAAGAAGUGGGAACCUGCUUUCUUCACUUUAAAGACAAGUUUCGUAUCUAUGAUGAAUAUUGUAGUAACCAUGAGAAGGCACAGAAAUUGCUUCUCGAACUUAACAAAAUAAGAACAAUCCGCACAUUUCUUUUGAACUGCAUGCUACUUGGAGGACGGAAGAAUACAGAUGUUCCCCUGGAAGGAUAUUUAGUAACACCAAUACAAAGAAUUUGCAAAUACCCUCUCCUUUUGAAGGAGUUGCUGAAGCGGACUCCAAGGAAACACAGUGACUACGCAGCGGUAAUGGAAGCCCUCCAAGCCAUGAAAGCUGUCUGUUCCAACAUAAACGAGGCCAAGAGGCAGAUGGAGAAGUUAGAGGUUUUAGAGGAAUGGCAGUCUCACAUUGAAGGCUGGGAGGGAUCCAAUAUCACUGACACCUGCACUGAGAUGUUAAUGUGUGGCGUCUUGCUGAAAAUUUCUUCUGGAAAUAUUCAAGAACGGGUGUUUUUUCUUUUUGAUAAUCUUCUGGUGUAUUGCAAAAGGAAACACAGACGGUUGAAGAAUAGCAAGGCAUCUACAGAUGGACAUCGGUACAUUUUUCGUGGCCGGAUCAAUACAGAGGUGAUGGAAGUGGAGAAUGUGGAUGAUGGCACAGCUGACUUCCAUAGCAGUGGACACAUUGUUGUCAAUGGAUGGAAGAUACAUAACACAGCAAAAAAUAAAUGGUUUGUGUGUAUGGCAAAAACACCCGAGGAGAAACAUGAAUGGUUUGAAGCUAUUUUGAAAGAAAGAGAACGGCGAAAAGGUUUAAAAUUAGGAAUGGAGCAAGACACCUGGGUAAUGAUCUCCGAACAGGGCGAGAAACUCUACAAGAUGAUGUGCAAACAAGGGAAUCUGAUCAAAGACAGAAAAAGAAAACUGACCACAUUCCCUAAAUGCUUCCUUGGAAGUGAAUUUGUGUCAUGGCUCUUGGAAAUUGGAGAGAUUCACAGGCCUGAGGAAGGUGUACACUUAGGACAAGCAUUAUUAGAAAAUGGAAUCAUCCACCAUGUUACUGAUAAACAUCAGUUCAAGCCAGAGCAGAUGUUAUAUAGAUUCCGCUAUGAUGAUGGAACAUUUUAUCCAAGAAAUGAAAUGCAGGACGUGAUUUCGAAGGGAGUGAGAUUAUAUUGCCGUCUUCAUAGUCUGUUUACUCCAGUGAUAAGAGAUAAAGAUUACCAUUUACGAACCUACAAGUCUGUAGUCAUGGCCAACAAGCUGAUAGACUGGUUAAUUGCACAGGGGGAUUGUCGCACCAGAGAAGAGGCAAUGAUAUUUGGUGUCGGACUCUGUGACAAUGGAUUCAUGCACCAUGUCCUUGAAAAAAGUGAAUUCAAAGAUGAACCCCUGCUUUUCCGUUUUUUUGCGGAUGAGGAAAUGGAAGGAUCAAAUAUGAAGCAUCGACUUAUGAAACAUGAUUUAAAAGUUGUGGAAAAUGUUAUAGCCAAAUCACUAUUGAUUAAAUCCAAUGAAGGCAGCUAUGGUUUUGGGUUAGAAGACAAAAAUAAAGUUCCAAUAAUAAAGUUGGUAGAAAAGGGGUCUAAUGCUGAGAUGGCUGGCAUGGAAGUUGGGAAAAAGAUUUUUGCUAUUAAUGGUGACCUAGUUUUUAUGAGACCUUUCAAUGAAGUGGAUUGCUUCCUGAAAUCAUGCUUAAACAGCAGAAAGCCUCUAAGAGUUCUUGUGAGCACAAAGCCGAGGGAGACAGUGAAAAUCCCAGAUUCAGCUGAGGGACUUGGAUUCCAGAUACGAGGAUACGGCCCAUCGGUUGUCCACGCAGUAGGAAGAGGAACUGUCGCUGCAGCAGCUGGUCUUCACCCUGGACAGUGUAUUAUCAAAGUAAAUGGAAUCAAUGUCAGCAAAGAGACCCAUGCCAGUGUUAUUGCACAUGUUACAGCCUGCAGGAAAUACAGAAGACCAAUGAAGCAAGAUUCCAUACAAUGGGUGUAUAAUAGCAUUGAGAGCGCUCAAGAAGACCUUCAAAAGUCUAACUCCAAACCUCCUGGAGAUGAAGUAGGGGAUGCUUUUGACUGCAAAGUAGAAGAGGCAAUUGACAAGUUUAACACCAUGGCCAUCAUCGAUGGGAAGAAGGAGCACGUGAGUCUGACAGUGGAUAAUGUGCACCUGGAAUAUGGGGUCGUGUAUGAGUACGACAGCACAGCUGGGAUAAAGUGCAACGUGGUAGAGAAGAUGAUUGAGCCCAAAGGUUUCUUCAGCCUCACUGCCAAGAUUCUUGAAGCCCUGGCUAAAAGUGAUGAUCAUUUUGUACAAAACUGUACCAGCCUUAACUCUCUAAAUGAAGUGAUUCCUACUGACCUUCAGAGUAAAUUCAGUGCAAUUUGUAGUGAAAAAAUAGAGCACAUAUGUCAGAGAAUAUCCAGUUAUAAAAAGUUUUCACGCGUACUGAAGAAUAGAGCCUGGCCCACCUUCAAACAGGCCAAAUCUAAAAUCUCCCCAUUACACAGCAGCGAUUUCUGCCCCACCAACUGCCAUGUCAACAUAAUGGAAGUUUCUUAUCCCAAAACAUCAACCUCCCUUGGGAGUGCAUUUGGUGUUCAGCUGGAUAGCAGGAAACAUAAUUCUCAUGAUAAGGAAAAUAAAUCUGAGCAAGGGAAACUGAGCCCUAUGGUGUACAUUCAGCACACAAUCACGACCAUGGCGGCCCCUUCAGGUCUGUCUCUGGGACAGCAGGAUGGGCGUGGGCUCCGGUACUUGUUAAAAGAAGAAGACCUGGAAACUCAAGAUAUUUAUCAGAAACUGUUGGGCAAACUUCAGACUGCACUGAAGGAGGUGGAGAUGUGUGUUUGUCAAAUUGAUGACCUUCUGUCUUCCAUAACAUAUUCUCCUAAAUUAGAACGUAAGACACCAGAGUGCGUAGUACCACCAGAGAGUGACAACGAGAAGGGAGAGAGAAAUAGCAAACGGGUCUGUUUUAAUAUGGCGGGAGACGAGCAGGAAGACUCGGGUCAUGACACCAUCAGCAACAGAGAUUCUUACAGCGACUGCAACAGCAACAGGAAUUCCAUCGCCUCCUUCACCAGCAUCUGCAGCAGCCAGUGCAGCUCCUACUUCCACAGCGAUGAAAUGGACUCAGGUGAUGAACUUCCCCUCAGUGUUCGCAUUUCUCAUGAUAAGCAGGACAAGAUACAUAGCUGUCUUGAGCAUCUUUUCAGCCAGGUGGAUUCAAUUACCAAUCUCCUAAAAGGGCAAGCUGUUAUAAGGGCCUUUGAGCAAACCAAGUACCUCACGCCAGGUCAAGGAUUACAAGAAUUUCAGCAGGAAAUGGAACCAAAGUUGAGUUGUCCAAAAAGGUUAAGACUUCACAUCAAGCAAGACCCUUGGAAUCUUCCCAGCAGUGUCCGGAAUCUUGCUCAGAACAUCAGAAAAUUUGUUGAAGAGGUCAAGUGUAGGAUACUCCUGGCUCUUCUUGAAUAUUCAGACAGUGAGACACAGCUCCGAAGAGACAUGGUUUUCUGCCAGAGUCUUGUGGCCACUGUGUGUGCCUUCUCUGAGCAACUCAUGGCAGCAUUAAACCAGAUGUUUGACAACAGCAAAGACAAUGAGAUGGACACGGGGGAAGCCAGCAGAAGGUGGCUGGACCAGAUAGCAAAUGCGGGUGUUCUAUUUCACUUUCAGUCACUCCUGUCGCCAAACCUGACAGAUGAACAAGCCAUGCUAGAAGAUACACUGGUUGCGCUAUUUGAUUUGGAAAAAGUUUCUUUUUACUUUAAACCAUCAGAAGAGGAACCACUGGUUGCAAAUAUUCCUCUUACAUAUCAAGUAGAGGGAAGCCGGCAGGCUCUGAAGGUUUACUUCUACAUUGAUAGUUACCAUUUUGAACAACUGCCUCAACGUUUGAAAAAUGGAGGAGGGUUUAAAAUUCACCCCGUUCUUUUUGCACAAGCACUGGAAAGCAUGGAAGGAUAUUAUUAUAGAGACAAUGUUUCAGUGGAAGAAUUUCAAGCCCAGAUAAAUGCAGCUUCAUUGGAAAAAGUCAAACAAUACAACCAAAAGCUCAGGGCCUUCUACUUGGACAAGUCAAACUCACCACCCAACUCCACAUCCAAAGCUGCCUAUGUAGAUAAGCUAAUGAGGCCUCUCAAUGCUCUGGAUGAACUUUAUCGGCUGGUAGCCUCGUUUAUCAGAUCCAAGCGUACCGCAGCCUGCGCAAACACAGCCUGCAGCGCGUCGGGGGUGGGGCUGCUGUCCGUGUCCUCGGAGCUGUGCUCCCGGCUGGGGGCCUGCCACAUCAUCAUGUGUAACAGCGGCGUGCACAGGUGCACUCUGAGCGUGACCCUGGAGCAGGCCAUCAUUCUGGCCCGAAGCCACGGGCUGCCUCCCCGCUACAUCAUGCAGGCCACUGACGUGAUGCGGAAGCAGGGAGCAAGAGUUCAGAACACAGCAAAGAAUUUGGGAAUCAGAGACCGAACCCCACAGUCUGCUCCAAGGCUCUACAAGCUAUGCGAACCGCCUCCCCCCAUGGGAGAUGAAUGAAGAGAAUCUCCAAGGAACCAGACAAGCAGAAGCUUCUGCAAACCAGACAGAGGACAUGCUGGCUACACAUUCUCCAUUCAAGAUUAAAAAAAAAAUAGCUUUUUUUUUUUUUUUCUCUAAAUCCUUCACCAUGGAGUAACUAACCAGUCAGUGUUCGACUUGUACUUGGAUAUUUGUACUGGCCACAGAUCGGAGGUUAUUUGGACAAUUUGAAGCUUCACCAACUCAUCUCUGUAUGUUUUGACACUCACUGUUCAUUUUUAGGGUAAAAUUCAUCCCUCGAAUUUAUAAAAAAAAAAAUCAGAGUUGAACAAUGAACCAUUGUGCCUCCUUUCCCAUUUAUUAAAAUUAUUUGAUUGUGUUUGUUUCCAUCUUCUCUAAAUGGGAUCGUGUAAUCAUGGACAUUUCCACUUGAAGAAGCCUUUCACUGAAGAAACAUGGACACGCUUUCCAAAUCCUUAUACAGAAAUGUUACAGAAAGUGGAGGCUGGGUGCUGUCAUAGGGAUUCAGUCCCUCACCUGCGUCACAGAAAGUAGUUCAUGUGUGUAAGGUGAAGAGUAUGUUCUACUCUUUCUCCUAAGGGUUUAUUUCUCAGUAAAAGAGAGAAGAGCAGAUGGAAGCUUUACCAAGACUUUCUUUGAGCCCCUUCUAGGUAUGCUUUGUGCUCGUGGAUUGUUCCAGUAGUCUGACGCUCUCCCUGGUCUCUGUAAUGGCAUGACUUCCUUGUGCACUGGGGCUGUGCCCCUGAUGGCCACGGGUGGAGAGCAGUGGGGACCAGACAAGUUUAGAAGAGUAUAGGAGGGGUAAGUAGGUUAAAGGAGGAAACUAAAGCCCAUUUAAAAAUUCAACCUUCAUUUUAGAAAGAUACCUAAAAUUUCUCACUUUUAGGAAGGCUUUAAUAUGAGAUCUGAGACUCGUAAUAGAAUAUGCUAUGCUGAGAA